AUGUCCAGCGCUUCGAGCUUCUUCGAGGAACGACUCGCUCUCGUGGUCGGAGGCAGCGGGGGAAUCGGCAAAUGUGUGUGUCUCGCUUUCGCCAAGAAAGGCUGCCGAGUCAUUGUGGCUGGAAGGAACUUGGACAGAGUUGAGGACGUUGCCAAGUCCCUGCCUGGUAACGGACAUGAAGCAUUCCAGGUAGAUGUGGGCCAAUCGAAGUCUGUGGCUCUGCUCUUCGAGAAUGUCUCCAGGCUGUGUUCUCGGCCAGCAAGCAUCGUGGUUAACUGCGUCGGCAUUCCAAACAAUAUGACCCCAAUUGUUGAUAUGUCGGAAGAGAUGUUUGAUAAUAUCAUCCGAGUAAAUCUAAAGGGCACGUUCCUGAUAACCCAAGAAGCGGCGCGGGCUAUGACUGCAGGAAACGUUCGCGAUGGGGCCAUCGUGAACAUUUCAAGCUUUCUGUCAAAGCUGUGCCCUCCCUACCGCGCCGCAUACGCAGCGUCCAAAGCGGGGCUGGAGGCAUUCACCAAAGCGGCGGCAAAGGAGCUCGCCUCGCAGGGCAUCCGUGUCAACAGCGUCCUGCCCGCACUCAUGUCCACGCCCAUCUCCGGGUCGAAUAGAAAGCCCGACGAAAGAAAGAGGAUGGCGGAGGUCAGUCCUCUAAAGAGAUUCAGCCGCCCAGAAGAGGUGGCUGACGUCAUCGUAUUCCUCUGUGGUCCCGGAAGCUCUUUCAUGACGGGCGCCGCUGUGGACAUCGCGGGCGGGCUGUAGCUCACGCGCUUCACCGAUGCCUCUUAGAUGACCCUCCAAACGUGGGCACUUGUGAAUCCACGCAACGUCACCUGGCUGACGUCAUCAUCGCCGCCAGCGUCUCUCGAGGCGUCUCAACACUAUUGAGAGGCCCGCAUGCGUCGACGCCAUGACGGAAGCGUCUGCCGGCAUCGUACCUCGUCGAGCCUUAGCGGGUUUGCCGAUUGCGGCGAUUGGGCGAUUGACUAAUAAUGACGUCGUUUGCACGUUUUGUUUUUUAUGGGGUAUUUGCUUCACUCUUGUAGCGCUGGAUUGUUUAUGUCAAAUAAUAAAUAAAGUAUACUUCACAGUAAA